GUCGGAGAUUCAGAAACAGAAUCAGAAACAGAAACAGAAGUCAAGACAAGACCCAGAGUCCAUAGCGAACAGCAGUUCGAUAGGAGAGUUGCGAUAAACUCAAGUUGCGAUUAAAUCGAAGCGGAAAAGCCACGAAAAUUUACAGCACUGCACUGCACUGCAAAUGCGGAAUGCCCACUAGAUAAACGCUAAAUUUAAAAUUUCAAAUUCUAAAUGCUAAGUGCCAGCGCCCGAACCAGCGGCAAUCAAUCAAUUAGGCCCAAAGGGCUGGUGCGCCCCAGUAGCAACAAAUACGGCCGGAGAGAGCAGCCGGAUACCAAUCGACAGCAGAGACAGAAGUUGUGACAGAGAGAAAAACAGAGACCCAGCAGCAGAGACAUUGAGAGAAAGAGCGAGAGCAUUGUUGGCAGUGACAGCAGUUAAAAAUCAAUAUCCGUCUAAAGUUUAUUUCGGUUUCGGUACGGACAACUCAGAAACUUCAAGUUUUUCUAAUCGAAAUUCCCCUAGAAAUUAAUAGGCCAAAAUUAUCCUACGUAGCUUAACUCGAUAAAAACUAAAAUCCAUGCUUUUUGUCAAUCGCGUCCGCUUUGUGCUACAAAUUUAACAUUUAAACGUUUUUUGCGAGUGUAAUCGUGUGUCCAUUUUAUGCUAAACUUGAACAUAGAGUUUAAAGAAGUAACCAAAGUUUAAGAACAACUUGCUCCAUCCAAUGCCAUGUGUGUUUUAAUAACGUUAGAACGGCUCCGGUCCAAAUAAUUAGUGACAAAUAACCAGUGCAAUCAGCCAAGUAAAUCCAAGUUUGGCCAAAAAGAUCCGACGAUUGACGAAAAGGGUCGAGCAGCAAACGCGGAGAAAGUAAAAUAAAGAAAGCAAAACCCAAAGAGAAUCGAGAGUAAAAAAAAAAACUAAAAAGAACACUUAAGAAGAAAACAAAAAUCGAAUUUCCAUGUUUAAAUCGCAAAACCAAAAUUAUCGAUUAACAACCAAUUAAAAGGAAAACCAAAGAGACAAAAACCAAAAGUAAAGUAAAUUGCUACCAGUAAACGCUAGUCCAAAUCUUCACUAUAAAUAUAUAUAUAUAUGUAUACAAUAUAUAUUUAAUUAAAAAUACUUCAAGAAGAACACGCCAAUUGCCGCAAAACUUACUCCAAGCCGAAAACCAAAACCAAAACCAAAGAUUUCCAUUAAACAAACGCAAAAUACCAAAUACCAAACACAGCUUCAAAGUGUGCACAAUAAAACAAAAAAAAAAAGUUAAUAACAAAAACCAAAGAAAGACAACCAAAAAAUCCAAUAUUAUUAAAUAAAAACGAAAGACAAUUAAGCAAAGUCGAAGAAGAAAAAGAAGUACCAAAGAAAACUGCGCCAAAGUCACGGCCAGCAAACAAAAAGUACAACAAACAAACAAAACAGCAAGACAUACAAAUAAUACCAACAAAAGCAGCAACAGCAGCUGUGAAGUGAAGCGUCACCACUGGCCACGCCCACUCCCCGCGGCCCAGCCAACCGCCCCCCGUUUUCGCAAUCUUUUGGAUUGGCAGCGCAUCGUUUCCAAGAAAUCUUGCGUGUGCCGAGAAAAAUUGAAACACUAGAAAUCAGUGUCGGUGAAAGACUCCCUUACCAAAGAAAGCCCAUCUUUUUUUUCGAGUGUAUACGAAUCAGUUCCCUUUUUUUUUCUGUGUGACCCAAUCGAAAGGCAACAGCAACAACAAGAACAACAACUGCAACAACUGUGAUGGGAGAUCAGCCAAAGGCAACGACUAACGCAACCGGAGAAGCCGAAGGCGACGCCGUGAUGGCCUCCAAUCGCCAGGAUUCGCUGCCCAACGGAGCAGCAGGAGCAGGUGCAGGAGCUGGAGAAGGAGUUGGAGUUGGAGUUGGAGUGGGAGCAGCAGCUGGGGCAGGAGAUGGAGCAGGAACAGGAGCAGGAGCAGGAGACGGUGGUCCACCACCACCACCACUGAUGACGGACCCAGAGGAUCACUCCGUUGGUCAGGGCAUCGUGGGUCCGCCCAGUCCGCUCACCGGCUGCUACCUGCUCAUCGUCCUGGGCGAGCCGCACUCCGAGGAGCACAAGGACAACAUCUUGCAGCAUCUGCUCAAGGGUUUCCUCUCCUGGGACGUUUCCGACUGUCACGUCGACUUGGAAGAGGAGCUCAAUACAAUUACACAACAUGCGCCCGAGGGCGAGGAGGCUCGUCACGGCGAACGACUCAUCCAGUAUGCCAGCGAGAAUCUGGUGACGGAGGUGCUCAUCCACCCGCAGUACAACACGUUGAUCCAAUGCAUGCGAAACCUGCUCAGCAGCUUUACCCGCCACCGGCACAUCAUCCACGCCGGCUACACCUUCAGCGGAAAUGGUUCCUGGAUACUGCAGGACGGAACAUUCUCUGUGGCGGACUUCUCGGAGGCCUUCCAGGAGCACGACGUACAAAGGGUGAUCCGGGCCUAUGCGGACACCAUCACCAUGAACAUACACUGCGCGGACGCGGGUCUGUGGCACACUCUGCCCGAGAAGGCCUUUGCUCGCCAGUGCCGGAUCCGGAUCAAUCCCGUCGACGUCCUGGACACGAGCAGCGAGUGUAUCAACGGAUUUAUAGAUUACCUGGCGCCCAUGGUGAUGCCAACUUCGCUGAGGGAGCUGCUCGAGACCUCGGACGUGGUGGGAAAUAUCCGCUUCACCCACCCCACGCUAUACGUCUUCCCCGGCGGCCAGGGUGAUGCUGCCCUCUUCGGGAUCAACGGCUUCAACAUGCUUGUUGAUGGCGGCUUCAACCGUAAGGCAUGCUUCUGGGACUUUGCCCGGCACCUGGACCGACUGGACGCGGUGCUGAUGACGCGCCUGAACAACAGCAACGUCCAGGGAUUGGGGGCGGUGGUGUCGCGCAAGCGGGACUCCCACGUCUACCCCCAGAUCGGGCACUUCUUCGGCAAUGUACCUGACCGCAAGGGCCUGCCCAGCCCCGACGGCGACAAGGAUCGCGACCCACUCUUAAUCGAUCUCUUCGAGCGCGGACACGGUAUCGUCAGCGACCUCAAGGCACUGGAUCUCAAGCCACAGGGCUGCUACCGCAACCAGGAGCCGGUCAACCUCUACCACAAGGUGGGUCACGGCACUCUGGACAUGUAUGUGAUAAGCCCAGCGCGCGACUCCAAGGAGGUUAAGGAGUUCCUCCAGAAGUGGCACGCCGGCGACCAGCGGCUCUUUGCCGCCCGUGAGUCGCGCGACUUUAACUUCCCGCUGCAGAACUUGGUCUCCAUUUGCGCCCUGCUCGUUUGGCAGCCGGCCAAUCCGGACGACACCAUCACUCGCAUCCUCUUCCCGGGCAGCACUCCUGACUUCAAGAUCCAGGAGGGUCUCGAGAAGCUGAAGCACCUGGAGUUCAUGAAGCACUCCACCUGCACAGCCAAGUCGAUUGCCCCAGCCAUCCAGACUGUGGCCGGAACGCGAAAGAGCCUGAAGUCCGCCAUUGAGUCUACUCCGGCUCCGCCCAGCGCCAGCUACAAGUCCAGCAAGUUCGGUCCCGUGGCCAGUGCCGCCAUAGCUAUCCAGCACCCUCAUCCUCAGCAGCAGGACAACAAGGCAAAGGAGGCUGCGGCGGCGUCGGCAGCUGCAUCUGCCGCAUCCAUUGCCCGCACCAAAGCGGAUUCCAUGGACACGGAUGUAGAGCCGGAGCAGGAGGCGGAACCUGAACCCGCUGACACUGGGGAUGAGGCUGCUCCCGCCGAGCAGGAGGCCGAAGCGGAAACGGAACCCGAGCACGAACAGGAAACCGAGCCAGUCGAGCAGGACAACAAGGAUGUGGGCGAGGAGAAGAAGGUGGAGGUUCUAAUCAUGAAGCCCCAGCAGGCGACAGCACCAGCAGCAGCCCCAGCCUCUGGCAAAGAUGGAGUGGAUGCAGCUCCCGCCGAUGCCACGCCCACCGGCGGCAAGCCAGGCAAGGCGUCUGCCAAGGGCAAGGCGGAAAAGCCACGGGCGGAGGUGAAGCCCGUGGUUCGGUCCCGCAUCGACACCAAGCCGCCCAAGUCCAUGGACCGCAAGCUGGCCAAGCGGGACGAGAAGAAGAGCUCGCCCACGGCCACACCAGCAGCCCGUGCACCAGCAGCCCGCGACGCCAAGCCGAAGGUGCUGAGCCGCCCAGCCACCAAGUCCAGUCCCAGCAGCACUCCGGCCAAGAGCGCCAAGGAAGCCAACAAUCGCAAGGUGCUAGAGUCCAAACAGCAGGCGGCUCGCGUUCAGGCCACCAGCACAGCCACCUCCAGGCGAGUCACUAGCGCCACCAGCGAACGGCGAGUCCAACAGCAGGCGGAAACGAAGACAGCGGCGACUGGGGCCACUCAGGCGGCCCAGAGGAAGCCGAUCUCGCGGAGACCACGUGGCGUUUCGCCCUCGAAGCGAGCACCGGCACCUGGUAGUCCAGUGAAGCAGGCCAAGCCAAAGGCGGCGGAUCUUAAGAAGACGCGCCUGGACAAGGGCGGCACCACCGAUUCUAGCCUGGUGUCCACUCCCUCCGUCGACGAGGCCACGGCUGCCAAGAAACUACAGGACCUUACCGCCUCACAGGAACUCGACGCCGAGAAGCAGCGCGAACUGGACGACCUUAAGGAGGAACAGGAGGUGGUGCGCGAGAUCGAGGCGGUGUUCAGCCGGGACGAAAUGAAGCGCCACCAGCACCAGCAGAUUAAGGCCGAGCUGCGCGAAAUGCCCGCUGAGGGAACCGGCGAUGGUGAGGAUGAACCCGAGGAGGAGGAGGAGUACCUGAUCAUCGAAAAGGAGGAGGUGGAGCAGUAUACCGAAGAUUCGAUCGUUGAGCAGGAAAGCAGCAUGACCAAGGAGGAGGAGAUCCAGAAGCACCAGCGCGACUCGCAAGAGUCGGAGAAGAAGCGCAAGAAGAGCGCCGAGGAGGAGAUCGAGGCGGCCAUUGCCAAGGUGGAAGCGGCCGAGCGCAAGGCUCGAAUGGAGGGCGCCUCCGCAUCUGGACGGCAGGACCAGGAUGAGUCGGAACAGGAAGCGGACCUGGAGCAGAGCGAGAUCAAGGCCGAGGUGCAGGAGAUCAUUGCUGCUGCCAAGGAUAUUGCCAAGUCGCGUACCGAGGAGCAGUUGGCCAAGCCCGCUCAGGAGGAGGAGUUCUCCUCGCCAACGCCCGAGGAGAAACUGAGCAAGAAGACUUCGGAUACCAAAGACGACCCAGUCGGAGCUCCAGUCGACGUGCUGCCCGUCAAUCUUCAAGAAAGCCUGCCCGAAGAGAAGUUCUCGGCCACCAUUGAGUCGGGGGCCACCACAGCGCCCACACUUCCCGAGGACGAGCGCAUCCCGCUGGAUCAGAUCAAGGAGGACCUGGUGAUCGAGGAGAAGUAUGUCAAGGAAGAGACGAAGGAAGUGGAGGCCAUUGUAGUGGCCACCGUACAGGCUCUUCCCGAAGCGGCUCCAUCCGCAAUUGAGGCCGUGCUGGCCGCAACUACUAAGGAUGCCCCCAAGGACGCCAAGAGGGAUAUUUUGGGCGAGCUUCCAGACUCUGGGGAACGAGUGCUGCCCAUGAAGAUGACCUUUGAGGCGCAGCAGAACCUUCUGCGAGAUGUUAUCAAGACGCCCGACGAAGUGGCCGAUCUGCCCGUCCACGAGGAAGCCGAUCUCGGGUUGUACGAAAAGGACAGCCAGGACGUCGGUGCCAAGAGCAUUUCGCAUAAAGAGGAGUCUGCCAAGGAAGAAAAGGAAACGGACGAUGAAAAGGAGACCAAGGAAGCAGAGGUCGAAGAGGAGCAGGCUGAACCGAAAGAGGAAGAACCCCCUAAAGUGGAACUCAAAGAGCCAGUCGAGGAGGUGGUUGUGGAGAAGGUCGAGGCAACUGAAGCUGCAGUGGAGAAAAAGGCAGAGGAGGUGGUUGUGACCCUGGAGACCGAACCGAUUGUGGAGGCAAUUGUGGCCCCCACCCAAGAGAGCCAGGAUCAGCCAAAAGAGCAAGAGAAGGACAUGGAACCAGAGUCCGAACAAAAGGCAGAGUCAGGAAUCAUAACCGAAAAGGAGGCCAAAAAGUCGGCCAGCACUCCCGAAGAGAAGGAGACCAGCGACAUUACCUCCGAGGAUGAGCUGCCAGCCCAGCUGGUGCAACCGGUGACCCUACCCCCGAAGGAGGCCAAGGAACGUGAGGACACCGUCUCCAUGGAGAGUCCCGCCACCAUCGAGGAGGCCAUAGAGGUUGAGGUGCAGGCCAAGCAGGAAGCAAAAAAACCAGAGCCAGGUCUGGCAGAGGGUGCCAAGGCGGACACGUCAACUGCUGCCUCUAAGGAGGCCUCCCGUCCCGAAUCGGCGGCAGAUGAAGCUAGGCCCGACGAAAAGUCUCCACUAGCUUCCAAAGAAGCUUCGCGCCCGCAAUCCGUUGCGGAGAGCGUCAAAGAUGAGGCUGAGAAGCCGGAGAGCCGACGGGAAUCGGUGGCAGAGAGCAAGAAGCCAGAUAGCGUCAAGGACGAAAAAUCCGCACCCGCCUCCCAAGAAGUUUCCCGACCAGUCUCAGUAGCGGGCAGUGUUCAAGCGGAAGUCGAAAAGUCCAAGGAACCCUCCCGACGGGAAUCCGUAGCCGAGAGCCAUAAGGAUGACAAAUCCGCACCAGCUUCCAAAGAUGCUUCGCGGCCUGAAUCCGCUCUUGAGCAUGUCCUAGAUGAAGCCGAGAAACCGGAAAGCCGCCGGGAAUCUACUACGGAAAGCAUUAAACCAGAAAGUGCAAAGGACGAAAAAUCUCCCUUGGCCUCGAAGGAAGCCUCCAGACCAGAAUCUGUGGCAGAGACCACCAAAGACGAGGCAGAUAAGUCGAAGGAGCCGUCCCGUCGUGAAUCCAUCGCAGAAAGCGUCAGGGCCGAGAGCACAAAAGAUGAGAAGUCACCGCUGGCCUCCAAGGAAGCGUCCCGGCCAGAGUCAGUCGCUGAAAGCAUCAAGGAUCAAGCUGAGAAGGUGGAUAGCCGCAGGGAAUCAGUGGCCGAAAGCGUGAAGCCAGAAAGUGCAAAGGACGAAACGUCCGCUCUUCCCUCGAAGGAACCUUCCCGACCAGAGUCCGUUGUGGAAAGUGUCAAGGAUGAAGGCGACAAGACCGCAAGUCGUCGGGAGUCUGUGGCCGAUAGCAUCAAACCGGAAAGUGAAAAGGACAAGAAGUCCCCACUGGCCUCUAAGGAAGCCUCCAGGCCGGAAUCCGUUGCAGAAAGUGUCAAGGAUGAGGCUGAAAAGUCCAUUGAACCAUCCCGACCGGAAUCCGUUGCAGAAAGCGUCAAGGAUGAGGCUGAAAAAUCAAAGGAACCAUCCCGAGCGGCAUCUGUAGCAGAAAGCGCCAAGGCGGAAAGCACGAAGGAUGAGAAGUCCGCCCAAGCCUCCAAGGAAGUUUCUCGACCAGGAUCAGUGACAGAAAGCGUUAAGGACGAGGCUGAAAAGUCAAAGGACCCAUCCCGAGCGGCAUCUGUAGCAGAAAGCGCCAAGGCGGAAAGCACGAAGGAUGAGAAGUCCGCCCAAGCCUCCACGGAAGUUUCUCGACCAGGAUCAGUGACAGAAAGCGUUAAGGACGAGGCUGAAAAGUCAAAGGAACCAUCCCGAGCGGCAUCUGUAGCAGAAAGCGCCAAGGCGGAAAGCACGAAGGAUGAGAAAUCCGCCCAAGCCUCCAAGGAAGUUUCUCGACCAGGAUCAGUGACAGAAAGCGUUAAGGACGAGGCUGAAAAGUCAAAGGAACCAUCCCGAGCGGCAUCUGUAGCAGAAAGCGCCAAGGCGGAAAGCACGAAGGAUGAGAAGUCCGCCCACGCCUCCAAGGAAGUUUCUCGACCAGGAUCAGUGACAGAAAGCGUUAAGGACGAGGCUGAAAAGUCAAAGGAACCAUCCCGACGGGAAUCGGUAGCUGAUAGUGCCAAGGAGGCCAAGUCCCCGCUUGCUUCGAAGGAAGUCUCAAGACCCGGAUCAGUAAUCGAGAGUGUCAAGGACGAAGCUGAGAAGCCGGAAAGCCGCCGAGAGUCGGUGGUCGAGAGCAUCAAGGCCGAGAGUGCCAAGGAUGAAAAGUCACCGCUCGCCUCGAAAGAGGCUUCCCGACCAGAAUCCGUGGCCGAGAGCAUCAAAGAUGAGGCAAUUAAGUCUAAGGAGGAAUCACGACGUGAGUCCGUGGCUGAAAGUCUUAAGGCGGAGAGUGCCAAGGACGAAAAGUCCCCUCUUGCCUCCAAAGAUGUUUCGCGACCAGAAUCGGUUGCCGAAAGUGUAAAGGAUGAAGUCGUCAAAUCCGCAGAACCUUCGCGACCAGGAUCCGUUGCGGAAAUAAUUAAGACAGAAAUCGGCAAGGUUGACCAGUCGCCUAUUGCCUCUAGGGAUGUCUCCAGACCAGAUUCAGCGGCGGAAAGCGAUAAGGAUGAUACUGACAAGCCAGAAUCUGUGGUGGAAAGUGUCAAGCCUGUUGCCGAUGACAAAACUGCUCCAGCAUCAAAGGAAGUUUCACGACCAGAGUCUGCUGUCGAAAGCGAGAAGGAUGCGGCUGAAAAGGAAAAAAGCCGUCGUGAAUCAGUUGAAAGUGCAAAGCCAGAGAGCAUUACCGACGAAAAAUCCUCAGUUCCCUCAAAGGAGAUUUCUAGGCCAGAAUCUGUGGUGGAAAGCGUCAAGGAUGAAUCUGAAAAGCCAGAGAGCCGCCGCGAAUCGGUCGCUGAAAGCGUUAAGCCAGACAGCACCAAAGACUCCAAGGAACCAUCCCGACCAGAAUCAAAGGUGGAAAGCGUUAAAGAUGAGUCUGACAAACCGAAGAGUCCGUCUCGACGAGAAUCUGUUGCAGAAAGUGUACAGGCCGAAAGUGCUAAGGACGAUAAGUCUGCAUUGGCCUCAAAAGAAGCUUCUAGACCAGAAUCCGUGGCGGAAGGUGUUAAGGAGGAGGCUGACAAGUCUAAGGAACCAUCUCGACGUGAGUCGGUGGCAGAAAGCGUGAAAGAUGAAGCCGCCCAGUCGAAGGAGGUCUCUCGUCCCGAUUCCGUUGCAGAAAGCGCCAAGGGAGAAAGUGCCCUGGACGAAAAAUCAUCAUUGGCAUCCAAGGAAGCCUCCAGACCAGCAUCCGUUGCAGAAAGCGUCAAGGAUGAGGCUGACAAGUCCAAGGAGCCAUCCAGGCCAGAGUCGGUGGCACAAAGCAUUAAGGCGGAGAGUACUAAGGACGAGAAAUCACCGCUGGCCUCCAAGGAAGCUUCCAGACCAGCAUCAGUUGCAGAAAGUGUGAAAGAUGAAGCUGAAAAGUCCAAGGAAGAAUCUCGACGAGAGUCGGUGGCCGAAAGCGUUAGGGCGGAGAGCAGCAUCGAUGACAAACCUAUUCCAGCCUCCAAGGAACUAUCUAGGCCAGAAUCCAUGGUAGAAAGCGUUAAGGACGAAGCAGAAAAGCCAGAGAGUCGUCGCGAAUCUAUUGCAGCUUCACCAGAAAUAGCCAAAGAAGAGAAGUCUGCGGCAGCUUCAAAGGAAGUUUCUCGGCCAGAGUCUGCGGCGGAGAGCGCUAAGGGCGAGGCAGACAAGUCGAAGGAGCCAUCCCGUCGAGAAUCUGUAGCCGAAAGCGUCAAAGCGGAGAGCACUAAGGAUGACAAAUCUCCUCUGGCUUCCAAGGAAGCAUCUAGACCAGAAUCCGUGGUGGAAAGCGUGAAGGACGAAACUGAAAAGCCAGAAAGUCGUCGCGAAUCUUUUGCUGAGAGUGCCGCACUGGAAAAAGCCAAGGACGAGAAGUCUGCAGCAGCUUCAAAGGAAGUUUCUCGCCCAGAAUCUGUAGCGGAGAGUGUGAAAGACGAGGCUGACAAAUCCAAGGAGCCAUCCCGGCGGGGAUCAGUCGCAGAAAGCGUUAAACCAGAUAGUUCAAAGGAUGACAAGUCUCCACUAGCUUCUAAGGAAGCUUCCCGACCAGAAUCUGUGGCUGAAAGCGUGAAAGAUGAGGACGAAAAAUCAAAGGAGCCAUCGAGAAGGGAAUCCAUCGCUGAAAGUCUAAAAGCGGAAAGCGUCCUGGACGAGAAAUCGCGCCCGGCAUCCGUUGGUGAAAGCGUAAAGGAUGAAACACAAAAACCAGAAAGUCGUCGGGAAUCGGUCGCUGAAAGCAUCAAGGCCUCUAGUGCUAAGGACGAGAAGUCUCCAUUGGCUUCGAAGGAUGUGUCCAGGCCAGGAUCCGUGGCUGAAAGUGUUAAGGACGAUCUUGAAAAGCCCGAAAGCAUCAAGGACGACAAGUCAAAGGAGCCCUCUCGCCGCGAAUCACUGGUUGAACCGUCUGCUGUCAUUUCGAAGGAGUCCUCUCCCAGGCCAACAUCUGUGGCCAGUGAUCAUGAACCUGCCGUCGCUGCUGAGGUCGAGUCCAAGCUUUCCAUUUCCCCAAAAGACGCAUCCCGGCCAGGGUCUGUUGGUGAAACUGCCUCCUCGCCAAUUGAGGAAGCGGCCAUGGAGUUCUCGGAGAUAGAGGUCGUGAAGAGAGCUAGCCUUGCUCUUAAUCUGCAAGCGGGCUCUGGAGGAAAACUGCCAACGGACUCGAGUCCCGUUGACGUGGCCGAGGGUGACUUUUCCCAUGUCAUGGCUUCUGCCUCCUCCGUCUCAGCCACACUUACCAAACCAGCAGAGCUCUCGCAGGUUGGUGCAGCUGAUACGGUCUCGUCUCCUGUGGACGAGGCUCCCAAAUCCCCCUCUGCUCUUGAGCAAGUAUCCCGACCAGAUUCUCCGGCAGAAUGCGCAAGUGCGGAGAGUGCCAAAGAUGACAAGUCGGCACUCGCUUCGAAGGAACCCUCAAGGGCCGAAUCAGUUGCAGAAAGUCACAAGGAUGAUGAUGUGCAGCUCAAGAGUUCAGUGGAUGAAAAAUCCACAGAAGUGAAGGAUUUGAAAUCUCCAGUUGCCUCCAAGGAAGCUUCUCGCCCACCUUCGGUCGCAGAGACAGCAUCAUCGCCGAUCGAUGAAGCUCCCAAAGACUUGGCCGAACUCGUGCUACCUUUGAGUAGUGAACUAAAGGGUGAUCUCCCAACUCUGUCGAGCCCUGUGGAUGUGGCCCAUGGGGAUUUCCCCCAGACAGCAACACCCACAAGUUCUCCUACUUCAGCCCAGCCUGCUGAACUGUCCAAAGUGGACAUUCAGAAGACAGCAUCGAGUCCGGUAGACGAGGCUCCCAAAUCUCUUAUUGGAUCUCCGGCAGAAGAGCGCCCUGAAUCUCCUGCUGAAAGUGCCAAGGAUGAAGCUGAGAAACCUGUUUCCGUAAUCGCCUCCAAAGAGGCGUCUCGGCGUGAAUCCGUCGCAGAAUGUUCAAAGCCAGACAGUGUUAAGGAUGAGAAGUCUGCAACCGCUUCUCAAGAGGUCUCUAAGGAAGCGUCCCGACAAGGAUCCGUAGUAGAAAACAUUAAAGACGGAGCCGAAAAAUCCAAGGAUUCAUCGCGUCCACCGUCCGUAGCUGAAAGUAUUGUGGCGGAUAGUGCGAAAGACGAUAAAUCCCCUCUUGCAUCGAGGGAGAUUUCCCGGCCUGGAUCGGUGGUGGAAAGUCUCAAGGACGAUGCUGAAAAAUCUAAGGAAUCAUCGCGUCCACCGUCCGUUGCAGAAAGCACUAAGGGGGAAAGCGCCAAGGAGGUUUCCCGACCUGAGUCGGUAGUGGAAAGUGUUAAGGACGGGGAUGAGAUUGCUGAAAGCCGUAGAGAAUCUGUUGCUAAGCCAGAUGACAAGCCGUCACUUGACCUAAAAUCAGAAACUAUCGUGAAAGCUGUCGCUGAAGAGGCUGACAAAUCCAAGGAACCAUCUCGCCGAGAAUCCGUAGCAGAAAGCACCAAACCGGAAAGCCCCAAAGACGAAAAAUCUCCGCUGGCAUCUAAGGAAGUCUCUCGACCUGGAUCCGUCGUAGAGAGCAUUAAAGAUGAUGCUGAAAAACCUGAAAGCCGUCCAGAAUCGGUCGUCGAUAGUACAACGCCAGAAACCAAGGAUGCAAAGUCCCCAACCCCACCAGUCUCAAAGGAUGCGUCCCGUCCAGACUCGGUAGUCGAAAGCGUUGCAGCUGAAUCUGAGAAGUCCAAGGAACCAUCCCGGCGGGAGUCUAUAGUGGAAAGCCUCAAGGUAGAUAGCACAAAAGACGAAAAAUCUCCAGAGGCAUCAAAGGAUGCCUCCCGACCAGCAUCUGCCAUCGAAAGUCUCAAGGAUGAGGAUGAAAAACCAGAGAGCCGACGUGAAUCGAUCGCAGGCAGCCUUCAAGCGAGCAGUACCAAGGACGAUAAGUCUGCGUUGGCCUCCAAGGAUGCCUCAAGGCCAGAAUCAGUUGUUGAGAGCCUCAAGGAUGAAACUGAGAAAUCCGAAAGCCGUCGGGAAUCCGUUGCCGAAAGCAUUAAGCCAGAUAGCUCCAAGGACGAGAAAUCUCCUCUCGCCUCGAAAGAGGCCUCCCGGCCGGAAUCCGUAGUGGAAAGUGUCAAGGAUGAAGCAGAAAAAUCAAAGGAGCCAUCCCGACCGGAAUCCGUAGACGUAAAGUCGCCACUCGCCUCAAAGGAAGCUUCCCGGCCAGAAUCGGUGGUGGAGAGCAUCAAGGACGAAGCUGAGAAGCCCGAAAGCCGUCGGGAGUCAGUUGCCGAGAGUAUUAAGCAAGGUAGUGUUAAGGACGACAAGUCGCCCCUCGCUUCCAAGGAGAUCUCACGCCCAGAAUCUGUAGUGGAAAGUGUAAAGGAUGAAGCAGAAAAAUCCAAAGAAGCUUCACGACGAGCUUCCAUCGCAGAAAGCACUAAGGUGGAGACCGCAAAGGGUGAAAAGUCACCACUUGCUUCGAAAGAAGUUUCUCGACCUGGAUCCGUCGUAGAAAGCGUUAAGGAUGAAGCCGAGAAGGCUGAAAGUCGUCGUGAAUCCGUCGUAGAAAGCGUAAAGCCAGAAAGUGCAAAGGACGAAACGUCCGCCCUUCACUCGAAGGAACCUUCCCGAUCAGAGUCCAUUGUGGAAAGUGUCAAGGAUGAAGGCGACAAGACCGUAAGUCGUCGGGAGUCUGUGGCCGAUAGCAUCAAACCGGAAAGUGAAAAGGACAAGAAGUCCCCACUGGCCUGUAAGGAAGCCUCCAGGCCGGAAUCCGUUGCAGAAAGUGUCAAGGAUGAGGCUGAAAAGUCCAUUGAACCAUCCCGACCGGAAUCCGUUGCAGAAAGCGUCAAGGAUGAGGCUGAAAAAUCAAAGGAACCAUCCCGAGCGGCAUCUGUAGCAGAAAGCGCCAAGGCGGAAAGCACGAAGGAUGAGAAGUCCGCCCAAGCCUCCAAGGAAGUUUCUCGACCAGGAUCAGUGACAGAAAGCGUUAAGGACGAGGCUGAAAAGUCAAAGGACCCAUCCCGAGCGGCAUCUGUAGCAGAAAGCGCCAAGGCGGAAAGCACGAAGGAUGAGAAGUCCGCCCAAGCCUCCAAGGAAGUUUCUCGAUCAGGAUCAGUGACAGAAAGCGUUAAGGACGAGGCUGAAAAGGAACCAUCCCGAGCGGCAUCCGUAGCAGAAAGCGCCAAGGCGGAGAGCACGAAGGAUGAGAAAUCCGCCCAAGCCUCCAAGGAAGUUUCUCGACCAGGGUCAGUGACCGAAAGCGUUAAGGACGAGGCUGAAAAGUCAAAGGAACCAUCCCGAGCGGCCUCUGUAGCAGAAAGCGCCAAGGCGGAAAGCACGAAGGAUGAGAAAUCCGCCCAAGCCUCCAAGGAAGUUUCUCGACCAGGAUCAGUGACAGAAAGUGUUAAGGACGAGGCUGAAAAGUCAAAGGAACCAUCCCGACGGGAAUCGGUAGCUGAUAGUGCCAAGGAGUCCACGUCCCCGCUUGCAUCGAAGGAAGUCUCAAGACCCGGAUCAGUAAUCGAGAGUGUCAAGGACGAAGCUGAAAAGCCGGAAAGCCGUCGAGAGUCGGUGGUCGAGAGCAUCAAGGCCGAGAGUGCCAAGGCGUCCCGGCCGGAAUCCGUGGCCGAUAGCGUAAAAGAUGACGCUGCCCAGUCGAAGGAAGCCUCUCGUCCCGAAUCCGUUGCAGAAAGCGCCAAGGGAGAAAGUGCGCUCGACGAAAAGUCACCAUUGGCAUCCAAGGAAGCCUCCAGACCAGCAUCCGUUGCAGAAAGCGUCAAGGAUGAGGCUGACAAGUCCAAGGAGCCAUCCAGGCCAGAGUCGGUGGCACAAAGCAUUAAGGCAGAGAGUACUAAGGACGAGAAAUCACCGCUGGCCUCCAAGGAAGCUUCCAGACCAGCAUCAGUUGCAGAAAGUGUAAAAGGUGAAGCUGAGAAAUCCAAGGAAGAAUCUCGGCGAGAGUCAGUGGCUGAAAGCGUUAAGGCGGAAAGCAAAUCUUUUCCGGCGUCCAAGGAAGCAUCAAGACCAGAAUCCGUUUUAGAAAGCGAUAAGGACGAAGCUGAGAGGUCAGAAAGCCGUCGUGAGUCAAUUGCCGAGAGUGUGAAACCAGACGCCUCCCGACAACCUUCGGUGGCGGAGGAGGUCACAAGGACCGACAGCGUACCUGAUGACAAAUCGCGUCCCGAGUCCGUGGCUGAGAGUAUUCAGGCACCUAGUAAAACGAGUGACUCGUCACCCGCCCCAUCCAAGGAAGCAUCUCGUCCAGCCUCAGUCGCAGAAAGCGCCGCCAUCGACAAGUCGCAGGAGGCAUCCCGACGAGAGUCAGUGGCCGAAAGCGUGGCGGCAGCGAGCGUCAAGGAGGAGAAGUCACCGCUUCCAUCGCGCCCAGAGUCGGUGGCCGAGAAGUCAGCAGCUGCCUCGAAGGAAGCCUCUCGCCCUGCAUCGGUGGCGGAGACCGCCUCCUCUCCCAUUGAAGAAGGUCCACGAUCCAUCGCUGACCUUAGUCUGCCCCUGAUCCAGACGACAACCGAGGCCAAGGGCAAGCUCCCAACUCUCUCGAGUCCCGUCGAUGUGGCCGAAGGAGACUUCUCGAAGGCACAAGUUGAGCCCUCCUCAGCUCUUCCAGCUACACUUUCCAAGCCAGGAGAGCUCUCCCAGGCGGAUACGGCGCAAACAGCCUCCAGUCCCGUAGACGAGGCUUCUCCAGUCCUGGAGGCCAUCGAGGUAGCUGAAGAGCAUAUCACACCUGGCGAUGGGGUCUUGAAGGAGACACCUGAAGCAGACCUGCUGGGUCUGAAGGAAACCAAAUCAGAGACAGCGACCGAGACCGAGACCGUAACCAAGCAGUCGGAAGCAUCGUUGUUCGAAACGAUUUCCUCCAAGGUUGAGGAAAAGAUGGAGAAGCUGGAGACCUCGGUGAAGCAGGUGGAGGAGAAGGUCGAGAGUUCAGCAAAGCAGGUUGAAGAGAAGGUCGAGAGUUCAGUGAAGCAGGUGGAAACCACUGUGGCCGAGACUCUGGAGCAGGUGAGCAAGGAGAGCACCGAGCAGCUGACCCAGAUCAAAUCUGUGCUGGACACCAAGAUUAGCAGCGUCACCAGCCUACUGAGCUCUGCAGUGGAGACCGUUGAGAAGAAAGUGCAGGAGGUCACCGAGAAAGUAAGCGAGAAGGCAACCGAAGAGGUUACCGAGCAAGUCACCAAAGUAUCUGAAAUCUCUACGGAGAGUGGUCAGGACAAGAGCAGCCUGGAGCUGGGCACGUUCUCGGAGCUGCGGGAAACGCACAUCACCACCGUCGGCUCGCCGGAGUUCACGGUUACGAUCUGCGAGCGGGAUGAGCCCGUAUUGCACGACAUCAAGGAGGAGGACGAGGAGCAUCGCUUCUCUCCUCCCAGCGAUGGCGACAAGACUGGAAUCCUCCCGCCCCAGCCGAUACGACCACUAUCGCCGCGCGAGGAGGAAGUGUUUAAAAUCGUUGCAGACGUGGCCAAGGUUCUCAAGUCCGACAAGGACAUCACCGACAUAAUACCCGACUUUGACGAACGCCAGCUGGAGGAGAAGCUAAAGUCCACCGCCGACACAGAGGAGGAAUCCGACAAAAGUGUUAGGGACGAGAAAUCGCUGGAGAUUAGCGUCAAAGUGGAAAUCGAGUCAGAGAAGUCAUCGCCCGACCAGAAGUCCGGCCCUAUCUCCAUCGAGGAGAAGGACAAAAUCGAGCAGUCUGAGAAGGCUCAGCUGCGCCAGGGAGCAGCGGCUGUCAGUCGCCCAGAAUCGGUUGCCAGCCAGGUGGAGUCGGUGCCCUCUCGUCCAGAAUCAGUGGCCAGCCACGAGCAGAAGGAGGCGGACUCCCUGGCCAAGGAGCCCACAUCUCCCCUUCCCAGCAAGGAGGAGUCCAAACGCGAGUCUGUGCUCUCCGAGAGCCACAAGGGUGAGAGGAUCUCGCGCCCCGAGUCCGUUGCCAGCCAGGUGAGCGACAAGGACGUAAAGAUCUCACGCCCAGCAUCCAGCACCAGCCAGUUUAGUACCAAGGAUGGCGAUGAGGAGACGACAGAGUCGCUGCUCCACUCACUUACCACAACUGAGACCGUUGAGAGCAAGCAGGUGGAGGAGAAGUCGAGUGUGGAGUCUGUGUCCACUUUCGUUACCAAGUCUACAGUCCUCUCUAGUCAGUCGGUCCAACUCCGCGAAGAGUCUACCAGCGACUCCCUGAGCAGCAGCCUCAAGGUGGAGGAUAGCUCCCGACGCGAGUCGCUUACCAGCCUGCUGGCCGAGAAGGGAAGCACCAUAACAGGCGCCAGUCUGAAGGAGGACACCAGCACCUCCGCCUCCCAGCUGGAGGAGCUGCAGGUACAGUCGGAGGAAUGCUCGUCGGAAUCAAUCGUCAGUGAGAUUCAGACCAGCAGCGCCCUGAAGUCGGUCAAGGAAACCAAGGACACCAAGGAAAUCAAGGAGACCAAGGAGACCAGCAGCUUCAGCACCAGCACCACCAGUGCCACGAAAGACGAUAGCCUCAAGGAGACCGUGGCCGAGUUCCUGGCCACCGAGAAGAUCGUCUCCGCCAAGGAGUCAUUUAGCACUGAGGCCGCCAAGUCGGCCGACGAGUGCCUGAAGAAGGUCACCGCCAGCAGCGUCUCCAGCUCCAGCACCACCGCCUCCCAGCGGGCGCUCUUCGUGGGCACGGACGAGUCGCGACGGGAGUCCCUGCUGAGCCAGGCCAGCGAGGGCCGCCUAACCCACAGUGAUCCCGAGGAUGAGGAGCCCGAUGAUGACGAGGACGAGCGUGCCAGUGUGAAGGAGAGCCGCUCCAAGUCCAUUGCCACCAUCAUGAUGACCAGCAUCUACAAGCCUUCCGAGGAUAUUGAGUCAAUUGACCCGCUCGCCGAGGAGGAGCACGAACAUGUGGAUCUGCUGGGUCAGGAGGCCACCUCCGCCUUGACUUCCACCUCCACCACCACCACCAGCAAGACCACAACUCUUCUGCAGUCCAGUGAACAGAGCAGCAGCACAACCACUAGCAGCAGCUCCAAGACCUGUGCCUCCAAGGUGGAGUCCAUCACACUCACACAGAUAGAUCAGCAGUCUGGCCAGGAUCAGGCCCAGUUCCAGGCUGAGCCCGCUGACCGCAAGACUCCGCCAACAGCGCCCGUCAGUCCAAGCGUCAAGCCAUUGAGUUCGACAGGAUCUGCUGGCUCAGUGAUUGGAGCCGGAGCUGGAUCUGGAGCCGGUGCGGCUGGCGGAAAGUGUGAAUCCAGUGCUGCCAGCAUCGUCUCCUCUUCGGGACCACUGUCGCCCAAGGACAUCAGCGGCAAGUCCAGUCCCGGAGGACUUACCUCCGAGAGCCAGUCCAUUCCCACUCCGCUGGGUCGGGAGUCGCACACGGAAACCCCGGAGUCCUCGCCCAAGCCCACGUCGCCUUUCCCGCGCGUCACCAAGGAUGAGCUCAAGUCUUUGGAAAUUCAGCAGCACGAACAGGAGCAGAUGCUGGCAGGAGCAGUCGCUGCAGCCGGAGCUGAGUGCGAGCCAGAUCUUCCCGAGCUCCACGAGCUGCGCGGACUCGAGUGCACCACCGCCCUCAGCGGCAGCACAGAUAAGAUAAUCACCACCACCAUCACCACAGUGACCAAGGUGAUCUCGGCGGACGGCAAGGAAAUCGUGACCGAACAGAAGACGGUGACCACCACGGACAGCUCGGAGCCGGAUAGCGAAAAGGUGGUGGUAACCACCACUCGCACCACCAGCGAAAGCGAACGCGACCAGCUGCUGCCCAAGGAGGUGUCGCUGCUGCGCGACGACGACGAGGACCUGCUGCUUGGAUCCCCGCGCAGCACCGCCAGCUACGAGCUGCAGCAUUCAAGCUCCGGCGUGAGCAAGCGUUCCGACCUGGACGCCGAUGGCGAUGAGAGCCAGGACGACAUUCCUCCGCAGUAUGGCAGCGAGGAGCACUCGACGGCGCGCUCGAUCCUGCUGCCCCGCACGGCCGAUCCCAUGGCCACCUCCUUCUACGGUGCCUUGCCCGACAGCUUCGGCGCCGCCGUUUCAAUCAAGCCCAGCACUGAGCCAAUCCCGAUCCAGGGGGUCCCGUCGGGCGACAGCCAGUCGUCGGAGAGCGUCGAGAGCAGCAGCCAGACCUGGGCGGGACACAAGUUCCUCGACCAGGCGGACAAGGACUUCCAGCGGGCGCUCGAGGAGCACGUGCAGGCGCGCGGCGCCGAGGUUAUGUCUUCCGUCACCGCCAAGUACUCCUACUCGCCCUCCAAGGCCGAGGAGAUGGAGCAGAUCGUUACCAGCACUGCGGAACGCCAACGCUUCCCGCUGAGCGAUGUUCAGCGCGCCCGCGUGGCGGAGAGUGGCUUCGCCACCGUGGGCAGUGUGACCUCCCAGCCGCAGCAGCAGCAGGAGGAGGCCGUCGCCGCCACCACCACCACCACAACCACAGCUGCAGCAACAUCAGCAGGCGCCAUAACCACAACGAGUUCCACUGGAGCCCUGCCCAAGGACCGACUGGAGGAGUGGGGCAAGCCCCUGGGCCUGCCAUCGCCAGCACCGCUGCCCGUGGAGGGCGGCUCUGAUAUUCGCACCACUCCCAAGAAGGAACGCCGCCUGGUGGCCACCAAGACGCGACUGAACAACGAGAAGAACCUGCGCAAGCGCAGCGAAUCGCCCAACAAGGCGGGCAAGAAGCCGGCGCCCGUCUACGUGGACCUCACAUAUGUGCCGCAUAACGGCAACUCCUACUACGCCCACGUGGACUUCUUCAAGCGGGUGCGUGCUCGCUACUACGUCUUCUCCGGCACGGAGCCCAGUCGCCAGGUGUACGAUGCGCUACUAGAGGCCAAACAGACAUGGGAGGACAAAGAGUUGGAGGUCACCAUCAUACCCACGUACGAUACCGACGUGCUGGGCUACUGGGUGGCUGAAAACGAGGAGCUGCUAGCCAAGCACCGCAUCGACCUCUCGCCCUCCGCCUCUCGCUGCACCAUCAACCUGCAGGACCACGAGACCUCGUGCUCCGCCUAUCGCCUGGAGUUCUAGGCCACGGGCUUGUUUAUUGCAUUCGACGAUGACUAGGCCAACCCACAACGCACCCAACCAGCGAAGCAGACGACGACGACGGGAAUGAGGAUGAGGAUGAGGACGAGGACGAGGAGAGCACUGCCAGGAGAUCGAGUCUAUGUAUGGCUUACAAAGUGCUUGGACUCGAGCUCUGGCUACCAGGACGAGGACUAGGACAAGCACCAUGACGACGACGACGACCACAGCAACAGGACGAGAUUGAGGAUCAGGAUGAUGAUGAUGAUGAUGAUGAUGACAAGGACAAUGCAAUAUGGCAAGUUUCGUGCGCAAGCAGCCGCAGGAAACGGAAAUGAGACGGACGCAGGCUGAUAUGGCGGAGUACGGGUCACGCGAAUGACGCCAUUUUGUUUACCAAUGCCGUCUAUUGAGCUUUCGCCGACUUAUUUCUGCCAACCAAAAGCUACGUAAUUAAUUGAUAUUUAGUUUAAAGAGAUUAAUUACCAAACAAUGCAACGCAAUGCAGAUCCUCAGUGGAUGAGUCGAGAAGAAGGCACUUAUUUGUUGCUUUCAUUGAAUAACGUCAAGCUACCUUGCCUAGUAAUCCAAAGAUCAAAAUAGUUUUCAAAACCGCAUAGCUAAAAUAUACAAAGAUGGAAAAAACUAAAAAAACCAAACCAAAAACUAAGAAACCAAAAAGCUAAAAAACCAAAAAGACGAAGAAAAGACGAAAGGAGAAGAAACUAAGAUGAAGUAAGAAAAGACACACACUCUAUAUAUAAAGAAAUUAAUAUUCAUGUUUAAAAAUGUAUUAGUCGAAACCUUUACGAACCCGUCGUAUGGUAUUCGAAUUUUAAAGCGAACAUUAGCUAACUGCAAGUGUAUAACCCGCAAAGUCAGAGCUCUAUGUAGCCGUAGGAUAAUAAGCGAUCAUAAUACAGAGCGAAGGACAAAGAUCGAAGGAUCUAAACUUAAUCAAACGUUGAAGGCUAGCAAGCGAUUACAAUUACGAUUUACGAUUUACAAUUUACCCUUCACCGAAGCAAAUCCAAAUCCAAAAUUCCAUAUUCGAAAACCGAUAACCCAAUUAAUUGUAUAACUCAGGCUCCAAAUCGUUUUCGUAGUCCAUUUUCACCGCUUUGUUUCGUUACGUUUUGUUAUAUUGCGUUUGGUUCCGUUGUUCCAGCAGGCAGCCGCAGAAAGACUUACAAACCCAAGAAGCUAUAGCAACCGAUAUACGUACACUUCCACUUCCACAAAUGGGGGUUAAUAGGAGAGAAGAAGAAGAGAAGAGUAGGGAACUGAGAAUUGGGAUGGUGAUGUAGCUAGGAACUGAGAGUAUCGAGUAAUAAGGAGCUUAGGACUCGACGCUGUUGCUGGAGGAUCGAGGAUGGAUAAGAUGAGGUACGACUAAGAGUUGGACGGCAAGACGACGAACGCAAGACGAAGACGACGAUGACGACAAAGUCAAUGCUGAUGUUACUAUAUAAGGAUUACAAGGGUCUGAGUGGGCUAAGCUGGUAUGGGGUUAGGGAUAGGAAUAGAAGGCCUAUGUUGGGUGGGUUGGGGUUAGGGUGGAGUGAGGAGUGAGGAGUGAGGAGACAGUGAAACAGCUAUUGUGAGACAAAAACGAGAAUGAGCAGAAGGUCGAUAACUAAAUACGAAUAAAUAUGGAGUACACAAAGUGAAUGAAGGUUAUUUUUCUAUAUUUUUUUUACUUUUUCAUAGUCAUAGAAUAACAAAUUUGCAAACAAACAAACAAGCAAGAUAAAUAUGCAGCAAGAGCAGGACGAGAACGAGACGUGAACCAGGCACACAGGCAAUUUUAAUCAACUCAACGUUACCAGUAACCAGUAACCAGUAACCGCAAAAGCGGAACAUGCAAUUCGAGGCCACAGCAAAAACAGUCCAAAAGAGCCAGUUACAAUUAUAAAUUAUAGACUCGGGUGGUGCGAUGCGCUGCUCGGGACAGACUUUUUAGGGUACGCGUAUAUUUUUGAGUUGCUUUUUAUAUACAACAGCAACAGGUCUGCAAACGUGCAACAUGCAACGUGCAACGUGCAACAGGCAGGCAGCAACAGAAACAGACAACAGUCACUGGCAACCGUCCAGUCUACAACCGUUUGAUAAGCAACCAGCGAAAUUUAAGCAAAAUUAUACACACGUAGGGCUAAGAGGGGCGGGGAUACGUUACUCGAGGAUGCGGCGGUCCAUUGGGCCUUCCUGAUAGGUCAGGGUUGUAAGGUCCAGGUCCCGAUCCCCUUUCCGAUCCCGAUCCCGAUCCCGAUCCGCGUUCCCCGUCCGACCAGCACAUGCGAUUGGGAUAUUGAAUACCGAUCGAUACCGAGCGUCUUUCGAUUAUUAAGUAGCAUUGCAGUCUCCGCUUCGAGGAUUUUAAAUUUAUAACCGAGAAAACAAAAAGAAAAUACAAAAAACAAGAAACCAAAUGAUCAAGUUUAUUAAAUAUUAAUUAUUUUCCAAAUUCGUGCGCUAAGCGAAACAAAACAUAAACUAAAACCGAAGAUGGUAAAGAUAAAGAAUACUCACACAUGAACUAUAUACACUAUAUAUAUAUAUAUAUGUACUUGAGCGUAUUGAUGUUGCUUAAAACGAAAAACCCCAAAAAAAAAGAACUCUUCUCCCAGCCAGAAGACAUUUUUUGCCUUUCACGAAACGAAUUUCCCCUAAGAUACGAAAAUAUGAGAACUUGUUAACUUUGCCCCCGUUUGUUUGCGACUUAAGUUUCGUUGAGAUCAGAUCAAUCAGAUCAGACUAUAUACACGAUACACUAUACACCACACACCAAAAACCAAAAACCAAACCACACGCACAUGUAUCCAUUGCCUUAUAUCCAGAGAACAAACAGAUAUCUGCAUCAUACCUUAUAUUAGUCUAAGAAUCAAAUACGAUAUGUAUGACCUAUGAGAGUUUGUUUGUUGAAUUUGCUUUUACUUUUUAGCAGCUUCGAUUUAAAUCAAAUAUACAUACUAAACGCACACACCCCCGCACACACGCAAUCCCCAUAUGGUGUGUGCGAUGUGUGUGGGAUCUGUGUGUGCUCUAUAUAAUCAUUAGUACAGCAAGUGCAUGCAGAAGGUAAAAUUGUUACAAACAAGAGCCGAGCGAAUAAUCGCUAUCUGGCGGAUGCGGAUGAUGAUAAGAUGAUGAUGAUGAUGCAUCCAUGUAGCCAUAGCUAUACGGAGACAGGGAGAGAGCGAGCCAGCACAAAGAUCCGAUAAUGGGCAAAGGUUACCGCAAAGAAAUAUAUAUGUAUUACAUUUUAUGAAACGUCAAGCUUAUCUCAAGAACUAUUUCCAAAACAAAAUCUGAAAUUAUAAUAAACGUAUUUAUGUGAA